CAAAUCGAAACAAAAAUGAGGCAAUAUAUGUCCUUUGCGAUUCCAAGUAUAAGAGUCCUUCUUAUAGUGAACAUGUUAAUGGCAUCACGCAUAAGCCUCUCCCGCUCGAUCCAUCCACUCCUAAAGGCUAGCCCACGUACGCUUCCCCUUUUAUUAUCCAAACAACAAUACCGCAAAUCCUAUCCCUGUCCACUCUGGUCUUCUUCGUUCUCUCUCUGCCUCCAAACCUUGCACAAAUCCACCAUCACCAACCCCACCUCUUUUCUUUCACACUCCUCUUUUUCUUGCUCUUCUACCCCCCUCUCUCCUUCUCUACCAAUGGAAGAAUCCAUCGAAAGCAACCCUCUUCUCCAAGACUUUGACUUCCCACCUUUCGAUGUUGUCGAAGCCAAACACGUUCGCCCCGGGAUCCGUGCCCUCUUAAAGAAGCUUGAGGAUGAUUUAUUGGAAUUGGAGCGCACAGUGGACCCAUCAUGGCCUAGAUUGGUUGAGCCAUUGGAGAAGAUCGUAGACCGGUUGACUGUGGUCUGGGGCAUUGUUAAUCAUCUCAAGGCUGUCAAGGAUUCUCCUGAGCUCCGUGCUGCCAUUGAAGAAGUCCAGCCAGAGAAGGUUAAAUUUCUGCUGAGGUUGGGGCAAAGUAAACCCCUUUACAAUGCGUUUAAAGCCAUUCAAGAAUCCCCUGAUUGGAACACAUUAAGUGAUGCUCGUAAACGAAUUGUGGAAUCUCAGAUAAAGGAGGCAAUUCUUAAUGGUGUUUCUCUUGAAGAUGAUAAAAGAGAUCAAUUUAACAAAAUUGAACAGGAGUUGGAAAGGCUAUCUCAAAAAUUUGAUGAAAAUGUUUUGGAUGCCACAAAGAAGUUUGAGAAAUUAAUUACAGAUAAGAAAGAAAUUGAAGGAUUGCCUGCUACGGCUCUUGGAAUGGCUGCACAAGCUGCAGUUUCUAAGGGUCAUGAAAAUGCGACUGCUGAGAAUGGGCCUUGGGUAAUAACGUUGGAUGCUCCAAGUUAUAUUGCUGUUAUGCAACAUGCUCGAAACCGAUCUUUGCGUGAAGAAGUCUACUGUGCUUAUGUAACGCGUGCCUCUAGUGGAGAUCUGGACAAUACAUCAAUAAUUGACCAGACUUUGAAGCUUAGAUUGGAAAAGGCUAACCUUCUCAAUUAUAAAAAUUAUGCUGAGGUAAGCAUGGCAACCAAAAUGGCUACUGUUGAAAAAGCAAAAGAGCUUUUGGAAAAACUUCGUAGUGCUUCCUGGAAUGCUGCAGUUCAAGAUAUGGACGACAUAAAAGUUUUCUCCAAGAAUCAGGGUGCACAAGAAGCUGAUGAUUUGAGCCAUUGGGAUAUCAGCUUUUGGAGUGAGAGGCUUCGAGAGUCAAAAUUUGACAUCAAUGAGGAAGAGCUACGACCAUUUUUCUCCUUGCCAAAGGUUAUGGAUGGCCUUUUUGACCUUGCAAAGACAUUGUUUGGAAUUGAUAUUGAGCAAGCUGAUGGUUUAGCUCCGGUUUGGAACAAUGAUGUUAGAUUCUACCGUGUCAAAGAUUCUUCAGGUAAUCCUAUUGCAUACUUCUAUUUUGAUCCAUAUACUCGGUCAUCUGAGAAAAGAGGAGGUGCAUGGAUGGAUGAGGUUGUUGGUCGAAGUCGUGUGUUGUCACGUGAUGGUUCCUCUGCAAGGUUGCCAGUUGCUCACAUGGUGUGCAAUCAAACACCACCAGUGGGGAGCAAACCAAGCCUAAUGACAUUCCGUGAGGUUGAGACUGUCUUCCAUGAAUUUGGUCAUGCACUUCAGCAUAUGCUGACCAAGCAAGAUGAGGGUCUAGUUUCAGGUAUUCGGGGGAUAGAGUGGGAUGCUGUUGAAUUACCUUCUCAGUUCAUGGAAAACUGGUGUUACCACAGGGAUACUUUGAUGAGCAUUGCAAAGCAUUAUGAGACCGGGGAGAGUCUCCCUGAAGAAGUAUAUUUGAAGCUCCUUGCAGCUAGGACUUUUCGGGCAGGCUCACUAAGUCUUCGCCAGAUCAGAUUUGCCAGUGUUGAUUUGGAGCUUCAUACAAAGUAUGUUCCUGGUGGGUCAGAAUCCAUCUAUGAUGUUGAUCGAAGGGUUUCUGAAAAGACGCAAGUGAUCCCGCCACUACCAGAAGACCGGUUUCUUUGUAGUUUCAGCCACAUAUUUGCAGGUGGAUAUGCGGCUGGAUACUUUAGUUACAAGUGGGCUGAGGUGUUGUCGGCAGAUGCAUUCUCUGCUUUUGAGGAUGCUGGACUGGAUGACAACAAAGCUGUGAAAGAAACAGGGCAUAGGUUUCGAGAAACAAUCCUUGCUCUUGGAGGUGGCAAAGCACCAGAAGAGGUAUUUGUGGAAUUCCGUGGUAGAGAACCUUCACCAGAGGCACUGCUCAGGCACAAUGGGUUAUUAGCCAUCCCAGCCACAGCCUCUGCAUAAGUCGUAACAUUAAUUGUCACAAAGAACAUGCAUAUACUUGUUUAUUUGGUUUUUGAUGUUAUUGUACAUCUUGGCUGAAAUAAAUCAAUUUAACCGCUCUGCACCAAAAUGAAAGAUCCUAGAAUAAAUUUUAAGUUAUGAUCUCUCAAAUGGGUGAAAUUAAUGGUACAAGUACGUUUGAAUGGGACC